AUGAUCUAUGAGAGGCAUGUUAGAUGUUUAGGUACCGUGGUGGAUUUAGCACCUUCUGCCUUCUUGGCUUCUGCUGCUGCCACGGUUCCUCUCCAAAAUUUGUUGUUGCCCAGGGAUAAAAUAUAUUCCGACAAUUUCAGAACCCAAGUUUUUGAUGGGUUCCGGACCGUCCAUGGAGCGGGGAUUUGUAUCGAAACCCGUUCUCAAAAGGAGUGGAACGCUCCAUUUAUCAGCAGCUCAGUUGCUAAGCUGCUGGAUUUGAACCAAUCAAACUUUGAUAAAGCCAGGAUAAUGGCUGUAAAAAGUAAGUUGGGAUCAUCUUGGUUGAAGGCGGUCCCAAAUUCCGCCUGUGGUACCAGGCUGGACGACUCUUGUGUUCGUGUCAGUUUGGGACUGAGACUCGGUUUACCCAUUUUAACCGAGUAUGUUUGUUUAUGUGGGGCCAAUGUUGAACCCCUGGGCUACCAUGGUCUUUCGUGUCGAUUAGGCCCUGGUAGACAGGCUCGACACUCGGCCAUGAACAACUUUUUCGUCAGGUGCUUUCAGAGGGCAAACAUACCCACAAUUAAAGAACCCACGGGUCUUAUGGAGGAAGGUAGCGGGUCGAUGGAUAUACUAUUUCACCAUGGGCGCAGGGACGUUCCCUUGCUUGGGAUGUUACGUUCCCUCACACCAUGGCUGAAAGGUACAUUAAUCUUACCUCACAGAAGGCGGGUGCCGCUGCCUUAA